CUCUUGUUUUUCCGGCGGUGAAAAUUCAGUUUGAUGCGAUCCGCAUAUUAUACUGGUUCGUUUGUAGUGUUUCGGUCGAAAACCUUCCUAAAAAUCGCAAUAAGUGGCAUAAAAAUCGAUACAUUCGUCCCCUUCAGUACAUUCACACGGCAGAGCAGCUGAUUAGCUGAUAAGCACACCGUCGCAACAACUGUUCAGUUAAAAAAAAGUUCGUGAUAAGCAUACAUUUAGGUCGAUGGCCUAUUGCUGAUUGGAACGAUCGAGAUCAGCUGUCGUCUUAUCAUUAUUCGAUCUUUAGCUCACCUUCGAUCGCGAUGGCAUCCGGUUCAGACGAUCAGCUCGGGCAGUGCAGUAGUGCGACGCUUCAGUGUUUGAUUUGCAUGAAGCAUAUUGAAGACCCGCGGCUAUGUCCCCAAUGUUCCAAGCUGUUCUGCUACAAUUGCAUUCGCCAGUGGUUACAAAAGGCGGACAGCGAAAGUGGCAAUCCAACCUGUCCGUAUUGUAGGUGUACGUGUAAUAUAGAGACCUUCGUGAAAAUUCUGGAAGGCAGUCCACUCUAUCCGUGUAAUCCUAUCGCUGAAGAAAGCAGCUCAACUGCCCAUCCGGAUACAGCGAACAACGAUCCAGAAAAAGUCCUACAUCGACUAGAGAAGUUACUGCUCGAAACGCAGGGAUUCUUCAACGAAACCAAUGAUCGCGUCAACCAAGAGCUGAAAAAGCAUAGUGCACUGGUGGAGAAAACGAAGAAUAAUCUAGUCAAGACUGUUAACUUAAUGACACACCAAGAGCUGAAAGAUAUCCAUCAGCAGUUCCAUGCCAAAAAUGCCGAAAUCGAUGCGUGGAAUGAAAUAUUGAAAAACAAAUUGAACAAGCAUCAGUUUGAUGUCUCAUCCAUUAAAGCUGCUAUACAGCAGAGUUCUCCCGCAGAGCUUGUGGUAAAGCAGGCGGAGAUUGAAAAAUCUUGCACCAAAGUUACCGAAAGUUUGAAGUCCAUUUCGCUGAACGUAAAGCCACUCAGUUUUACAAGUAAUCUCAUUCCGGAACCAUUCACCUGGAAGUUUGCAGUGAACAGAUACACUGCCAUAAGACGCACGAACGAAGUCCAGUAUUCCGAUCUCGUCACGGAUGAUAUCGGUUCCGUGUGGCGCUUGGAAGUACAUCCGUGCGGUUUUGACGAUGCCAAAAACACAUCGCUGAGCAUUUUCCUCCAGCUGUACAAUGGGAUCGAGGGACAGUAUCACUACUCGUUCGAGCUGCUCGGUCCCACAAGAAACCAUUUCUACGAGGCGGAAGAUUAUUUCGAGCUGCGCAAAGGCUGGGGUCAAAACCAUUUCAUCGACCUAAAGUCGUUGCAGGAAUCUUUCAUUGUGGACGAUGGAUUCGAGCUUAGGUGUUCGGUCCGUUCGCUUAACCUUAUCGACAAGUAUGGGAAAAUGAAGAAGCGAGCCGAUCUACUUACAACGGAAGUUGAUCAUCUGAAGAAAUUAGCCUAUCCGGACUGUCUAGACGAGGUGGUCACCAUCCGCAAUGUGGUGGAAGCAGUCAAGUCCUCUGCCUGUCUGUACUCUGACAUUCUGUCCGACGAUAUCGGUGGCCAAUGGCGGCUACAGGUCUAUCCCGGUGGCAAUGGUGAAACCCGAGGGCAAUUUUUAUGCAUUUUUCUGGAGCUUUGUUCGGGCAUUCCUAACAAGUACGAGUUCACCGUUGCGCUGCUGCAUCAGAACGUGAAGAAGAUUGUUAAAAAAUCACUAGAGUACUGCAUCCAGCCUUCGUUACCAUUCGGAUGGAAAACGUUUUUAGGCCGAGAGGAGUUCAUUAACAGCGGAUACAUACAGAAGGAUUCGCUCUCCAUUCGGCUCACUGUCAAGCCACCGAACGCAACACAGAAGCUUGCCUAUUUUCGGCAGCAAAUGGAGCAUAACCUGGAGCAUAAUGAGCACCCGACACGCAAACAGUCCGUGAUUUCUAACGAUUCCAAGCCCUCCACAUCGCAGGAACCGCUUGAAAGGAGGCUGCGGAAAGCAUCCAUAAGUCUCUACAAAAACUUGUUCACCAAAUCGUCCAGCACCGAUCAGUGAAUUAAAUGGUGUGCAUCACCAUGUUUGGUUUUCAGCUAAAUAUAUCGGCUCCCAUGUGUUAUUGUAAUUACCGUC